AUGAAGGUCUAUGAGUCGGCAUUUUUUAGAUUGUAUAUGAGUAGUGAAAAUAGAGAUUCAUUAGAAAGUGAAGAUUCAGACUCGGUAUCAAAUCUUCUACCAAAAAUUAAUAAUCUAGUAAAUGGAGAAAAAAAUGCAUAUGUAGUGGGUAGAUUAAUUUCACGAGGAAAAUUUGGUGGUGUUUAUGAGGUAUUACGAAGAAAAGAUGGAAAAAAAUUUGCAUUAAAACUAGAAUUGUUAAUUUAUAAAAAUAAUUGUAUUCAUGUUGAAUAUAAGCUAUUAAAGUUAAGUCUAAAAAAUGAUCUUAAAAGAAUUCCUAAAUUGGUAGAUCGUGGAAAUAUUGCUGGACACUUUAAAUUUGUUGUUAUGGAUUUGUUAGAUCAAAAUUUAAGUGAAUUAAGACAUCAAUUUGUAGAAUUACGUUUUUCUACAUCAACAGCACUUCGAUUAGCACUUGAAACGCUGGAAUGUAUAGAAGAAGUUCAUCAAAAUAAUUUUAUUCAUCGUGAUAUUAAACCUAGUAAUUUUGUUAUAAAAAAACAAAACAAUAAAGUAUAUGUUUAUAUAAUAGAUUUUGGUUUAUGUAAAGCAUAUAAUAGAGAAAAAUUUGUCCAAGAAUAUUCUAAUGAUCCAGAAAAAGUUGAUAGAAAAACUACUCAUUUUAAUGGUACAAUUAGAUAUGCAUCGCUAGCAGCACAUAAUUUUCAAGAUCAAUCACCUAAAGAUGAUAUUGAAUCAUGGAUGUACAUGAUUAUUGAAAUGAUGAAUGGAAAUUUACCAUGGGGUACAUGUGUUCAAAAUGACAAACAACAAGUUUUAGAAUUAAAAAUGAAAUAUCGACAUCAGGAACAUAUUGGACAUUUAUUAAAAAAUUGUCCAAAAACAGAAUUUUUUAGAAUAUUUGAUUAUUUAUCAAAAUUAAACUUCUUAUCACAAAUUGAUUACUCAUAUAUAAGAGGACUAUUAAAUUUAGCUAUUAAGAAUAACAAUAUUAAUAUUGAUGAACCCUAUGAUUGGGAAGAAGGUUCUGAAUCAUGGAAAGCUUCAUAUAAAUCUUAA